AUGGAAGGCCGCCAGCAGAAUCAAAGCGACAUCGUUUCAAGCGACCGAGGAGGAGGAGGAGGAGGAAGCAAUCGCAUAGUAGCUCUCAAUAUAGAGGAGCUGGAGAACGUCGACGACAAACACAUUGAUCAAGAGCAGAAACUAGGAUGGAAAGCAUUUUUUUCGUUCGUUGGGCCUGGUUUUCUUGUCUCGUUAGCUUAUCUUGAUCCUGGCAACUUGGAAACUGAUCUGCAAGCAGGAGCUAACCAUGGAUAUGAGUUGCUGUGGGUGGUACUUGUUGGCUUAAUCUUUGCACUCAUAAUUCAAUCUCUGGCCGCUAAUCUUGGUGUAAGCACUGGCAAACAUUUGGCAGAGCUAUGCAAGGCUGAGUACCCAAAAUAUGUAAAACUUUGCCUUUGGUUGCUUGCGGAGGUUGCUGUCAUUGCUGCUGAUAUACCUGAAGUGAUUGGGACGGCCUUUGCACUAAACAUAUUGUUCCAUAUUCCAGUAUGGGUUGGAGUUCUUAUCACUGGUUGUAGUACUCUCCUACUCCUUGGUCUCCAGAGAUAUGGGGUGAGGAAACUAGAAUUGCUUAUAUCAAUAAUGGUGUUUGUAAUGGCUGGAUGCUUUUUUGGUGAGAUGAGUAUUGUAAAGCCCCCUGCAGCUGAUGUACUUAAGGGCAUGUUUGUUCCAAAACUCAAUGGCAAUGGAGCCACCGGCGACGCUAUCGCACUCUUGGGCGCCCUUGUUAUGCCGCACAAUCUCUUCCUUCACUCUGCUCUUGUCCUCUCAAGAAAAGUACCAAACUCUGUUCGAGGCAUCAAUGAUGCAUGUCGGUACUUCCUUAUAGAGAGCGGAUUUGCUCUGUUCGUCGCUUUGUUGAUCAAUGUUGCAAUAAUCUCAGUGUCUGCGACAGUUUGCAUAGCCGAUAAACUAUCACCGGAGAAUGCCAAUAGAUGCAGCAAUCUAACUCUCAACUCUGCUUCUUUUCUACUGCAGAAUGUGUUGGGAAAGUCGAGUUCAACCGUCUACGCCAUUGCCGUGCUAGCCUCAGGACAAAGCUCUACUAUCACAGGCACUUAUGCAGGACAAUAUAUUAUGCAGGGUUUCUUAGAUCUUAAGAUGAGGACAUGGUUAAGGAACUUAAUGACUAGAUGUAUCGCCAUAACACCGAGCCUCAUAGUGUCGAUUAUCGGUGGAUCUUCAGGGGCAGGCCGGCUCAUUAUCAUUGCAUCGAUGAUACUUUCAUUCGAACUCCCAUUUGCGCUCAUUCCGCUUCUCAAAUUCAGCAGCAGCGCAACCAAAAUGGGACCUCACAAGAACUCGAUUUACAUCAUUGUGAUUUCCUGGAUUCUUGGUGUUGGAAUCAUCGGCAUCAAUAUAUACUACCUAAGCACAGCAUUUGUGGAUUGGUUAAUUCACAACAAUCUACCUAAAGUGGCAAAUGUGUUUAUGGGACUGAUUGUAUUCCCCUUAAUGGCCGUAUACAUCGUAGCAGUCAUCUAUCUCACUUUCCGUAAGGAUACAGUGAAGACAUUCAUAGAGCCAGUAAAAGACGAGCUUGUCGAGGGGGGUCAGCUCGAGAACGAGAAAGGAAGGCCUAGCAAUGGAGCAGAGGAGGCAGACCGUUUACCCUGCAGACAAGAUUUAGCCGAUAUACCUCUACCGGAGUAGACCAUUACCAUGUUUUUAUGGU